AUGGCAUUCCACUACCGUCAGGAAACUCUGAAGGAGCUCCUCGACCUCUUGGUGGAGAAGGCCGAAGACCCAAAUUUCCCGCGCAGCUACGACUUCACCGUCAACAUCGUCAGCAGAGAGGCGAAUCUUCUAGACAUUUUCCCAGGCUCAGAAGACGAGCUCAAGGAGACAUUGCCAAACAACAUCCACGACGGCAAGAAGAACAUCGCUGAUGUUUUCAAGUUCAAGUACGCAGUCAUCGUUGUGUACGCCCAAUGGGUCAACUUGGGGACCGAUAAAUUCUCACCAGACCUUUUCAAUCGCAUCAAGGGCGUCUCCCACAGUCUUUUCAAAUUUAGCAAGGAAUCCCCUGAAGAUGCCCCAAUGUCUUACAUUACAUCCAUGUGGCUCUUCAGAAGCCCGCGUGAGUUCCCAUACCCCUACAUCAAACGCACCAACACGACCAACUCAACCACCCUCUCCAAGACUGGAUGGUCUGACUGGUUCUCUGGGCGUAUCGACGAAAUUCUCGCCGUCAAGGGCAAUGGCCUGUGGGUCUCGUCUCAGUUGCAGGUUUACGGCGGAAAAGGUUCCAUGUUCAGGAACAAUGCAAACAACGGCACUGCUUAUAGCUGGAGAGAUGCUACUCUUAGCGGAACUUGGGAUGUAUUUCACCAGGACAACUAUGAAGGAGCCCAGAAAUGGCAGGAUGAGAACGACAAGGGGGCGGCUACUCACUUCAGCAAAGAUGACCGCCGUGUUCUAUGGGGCUCUUAUGGUGAUUGGAAUAUGAAGAAUGUUUGGCAGCACUAUUAUGACUCUGCAACGUACGAGAAGCUGCGACAGAUUAGGAAGAAGGCUGAUCCCAAUGGCGUGUUCACUGCCAACCCCUUCUGUGUGGAGGCAGCGCAAUAA